AUGUCCGCCAUUAAAGACCAGUCUGUUAUUUCCGUCGCCGAGAUCGACACUAACACUGAUGCUCGAGACAUCACCACCCGCGCUGUGAACGCAGCCGUUGAAGUCUUUACCAUCGACGAGGGUCAUGCCUGUGUCCCCAACGACCGAUGCCCCCUCGAGGCCCUCUUCUCGGCCCUGAGCAAAAUCUCCGCCACCUUCAACCUCACCGUUGACCCGGAGGUGGACCUCAACAGCCGGGAAACCCUCCACCGCAUCCUCCAGGCCAUCUUCGACACUGAUACCCAGGGCUUCCUGGAGCAGGAGACGUCGGAGAUCUUCGCCCACCUCAGCUCGACCCAGAAGGACCGCAUCCUGGCCCAGGCCAUCGCCACCACCACCAUCAUCUUCCAGCGCCUCGCUGAGACGGGCCGCCCCAUCACAAAGGGCCUCCUCAACCGCGAGGCCCAGCUCUUUGCCGAGAGCGACCAGCGGACUCUGAUGCAAGAUUCCAUCGAGGAGAGCACCGUCUUCGCGCGAUGCGACCACAAGAGUGAGCUUACCAAGGCCAUCACAGACGCCAUGGAGGCUGAGGAGUCUCCCUCGACACCGCAGCCCUUGGUGGCAGACGACAAGGAGGACUUUAUGUUUUCGCCCAAUGCUGGGCACGAGCGCCCCAAGAACAUGGGACUGCCAUUCGGGUUUACCAUCAUGUCGAUCAACUAA